AUGCCAGUGGUGCUGUCGUCUCGCUGGGGGAUAGAACCGGUGACUGUUGGCACCGCCUGCACCGACGAUGGUCCUUUGCCGCUUCCCUUCGAAACGUCCACAACAACGGCAGCAGGAGAGGCGGCGACACAACAAGAUUAUUGCUGUGAUGACCGUGCCAUUGGUGAGGACGGAGAUGAAGAAGACAUGGAGCUCACCGGCAGGACGCUGUGGGACUGUACCCAAGUGCUGUGGGAUUUAGUCGCAGACCCCCGCGAGGGCAACACGUUUACGGUCAGGGACAAGCGCGUGAUCGAGCUCGGCGGAGGCACGGGAGCCCUGUCCGUGGGCCUUGCACGGUCUGAGGCUGCGUCGGUCACUUGCACGGACCUCCCGUGCCAUCUAGCCCUGAUACAGUCGACGGUGGUCGCCAACGCUCGAACGACCGCCAGCUGUCGCCGAGGUGUCCUAGGCAGUGACGUUGGUGGUGGUGGUGGUGGUGGUUGCGGUGGUGGUAGCGGCGGUGGAAACUGCGGCGGCGUUGUAGCGGGAACAAGUCGUGGAAGCGACCCACCAGCGGCGACGGAAGUGCCGGCAGCAGCCGCGAGAGAGGCUAGAGUUCGCGUGGUAGCCCUGCGGUGGGGUGAAGAGGAAGACAUCGCGAACGCGAGGGCAUUGCCGUUCAACAACCAUAGCGGUGAACGCAGAAGAUGUAGCAGCAGCAGCGGCGGUGGCGGCGCAAGCGAUGACGAGUCUUCGGCGUUCGACGUGAUCGUGCUCAGCGAGGUGCUGUACUGGCCCGCGCUGGACCUGCUGCAGGAGGACACGAGAGAGCCUUUGCGGCGCACUCUUGUGGGGCUCUCCAAGCCCGGGACGAAGGUCAUCUUGAUCUACAAGGAGAGGUGGCCAGAGCGAGAGGCGGAGUUCCUAAGGACGUGCGAGGCGUCUUUUGAAGUUGGGGACAUCCCGGCGGACCUGUUGGCUUUGCCGACGGCCUCCACAGAGGACCCUGGUUCCGCGGCGAUCAGGGCGGUGGUUAUGGUUCGCCUGCCGUUACAGAGAGAUGAGCAAUAA